AGCCAAACUUUAAUACCACUAGCAAAUUCAUGAACAGUUCUACAUACUUGAGAGAAGUUUAGGGGAUGACAUCCUUAAACUAUCUUUAGUAGCAGAGGAGAUGUUUUUAAAAGCUCCUCAUAUAUCAGGAAAAUAUUAUAUGAAUAGUGUUCAUAAUGUUAUUAAAAACCUAUAUUUUCUAGUUAACAUAGUUUUGUUAUGGGCAUCUGCUGGUUGUGUUAGCUUAGUAACUAUUCUGAACUUAAGCCUGGCUGCGCUGCUUGCGGCAAGUUUUUUUUGUCUGGAAGCACAAUGUCAGUAUAGAGAACAAAAGCAUGCUAAACUCUAGUAUCCCAAUGCAUUUUUUUCCCCUUGUGAUCUGUCGUGGUGGAAUCACACACGCGGGUGCUGCUGAAGCCUCUGCUCCUUGCGGCUGCGUGGCUCAGCCUGGCCCCUAGAGGCUUCCUGGGACACAGCCUCGCCUGCAGCCGAGGGCAAGGGGCACUUCAGUUUCGCUUUCGGAGCCGCACAGGCAGGAAAACUCUCUUAAUUUGUGCCUCCAGACUCUCCAAGUCUGUCCAGAACUUGAGCUGUGCCAAGGUGACUUUCUUCAGUUUGGGAAUUACACAGAGCUCUCUCUCCAUAUAUCACUAAGGCAUGAUCUAGUAGCAUUAACAGCUUGAUUCAAUAAUUAACAAGAAACUGCAAAACGACGAGGGAACUGCUGCUGAUAAGCACAAACAGCUCGGCAUGCUGUGGGAAGGGAGCGGCUGUGUCGUGGCAUUUAAAGAGAGCCUGAGACACUCCAGUCCUCCUGGGGCAGGUGAGCAGCCUCUGGGGAAUUGUUGCUGUCCAUUUAUUUAACUUGGUGCUGGACCCCCUGCACCUCAGGAAAACUGUAGCUGAGAUUCUCAGAGAUCUGAUUCCAGCUCAUGGACUUUAUGGGACUUUCAGCCCAGAAAGAAGAGCAGAAGAUAGAUGUUUAUUUUUCAGGUACUGAUAUAUUCCAUAUUGCUGAGUCUUCCAGCAGCAAAUGAAAAACAUGUAUUUAUUACUCCUUUCCAUUUUACCUUUGCUUUUGAAAGUCACUGGCACCAAAGAUGUUAUAUUUGGUCAUAAUAAUUUCACAGAAUAUCAAGUGGGCAACAUGAACCUCAUUCUCUCUGUCCCACAUGGUGGGUCAAUGGAACCUAAAGACAUCCCUGAUCGAGAGGCUGCCUGUUGGGAUGUGAAGACAUCCUCUUGUAUUUUCUCUCAUGACUGUCCUCCUGGAAGUAUUCAAAAUGCUAUGAAAUGCAAAGUGUCUACCAACCAAGAUAGGUAUACCAUAGAGGUGGCUCAGGCUCUUGCUGAAGAGAUCAACAAAAUUACUGAUGGCUUCUUCCCACAUAUCAUCAUAAACCACCUACAGAGGUUCAAGAUGGAUGCUAACAGGGAAAAGGAAGAAGCCUCCUUUGGAAUUCCCCUAGCAGAACAGGCCUGGGAGGACUAUAUGGGAUUUUUGACCACUGCAAAAUCACAAAUGUCAGGGGGCCUAAUUCUGGAUAUCCACGGACAAGCACAUCCUGAAAGGUGGAUAGAAAUAGGUUACACACUUUCAAAAAAUUCCCUUAACUCAGGUGUCUUUUCUGCAUCAAAUUCCUCAAUUAGCCAUCUGGCCAGUCAGCUGGUCAAUGUGUCUUCUGAGGCUCUGGUUGCAGGGAACAGAAGUUUGGGUAAAUAUAUUGAAGGACAAAAUAAGAGUUAUGUUUGUGUGCCUUCUCCAUCCAAUCCUAGCCCAAAUAACGGAAGCUAUUAUAGUGGUGGGUACAUAACAAAGACUUUCGGUUCCCGUAGUUCUGGCACCAUUGAUGCCAUUCAGCUUGAACUGCCCCAGUGGGUCAGGGCAGCUGAAGAGCGUCACAGAUUUUGUAAAGCACUGGCAAGGGCUGUAAUGAAAUUCUGGCAAACUAACUACUGCAGCCAGCAAAAUCACAAACUUCUGCCAUGCUAAAGAGGCUGUCCUGUUAUGAUACCUUUCCUUAAUAGAGUAGUGAUCUGGAACAAUCGAAAAACUCAUUCACCUGGAACAUUUAAGUGCGAUAUAAUUGUGGAUGCUGGUAGAAAGAAACCAUCCUGCAAAGGAAUGCAUCAACAUAGAGGAAAUCCACAGAUAAUACCAAAAAAUCCAACCCAAAAAUUAACACACACCUUUGUACUAGACCCAGCAUUGAAAUGAUUGCUGUAAGAUGAGUGGGUGCAAGCAUCACUUGCCUGUGCUUUAUUUCUUUCCAGUCUCAUGAUAAGCAACAAAUCUUCUUCUAAUAAAUUUGCAAUGCUUUAGUGGAUUAUCUGUUCAAAGAAAUAAAAUGUCUCUGCUUUUCUUUUGACACUUAAGAAAGACAUUUGGGUAAUAUCAUUGUAUAAAAUGUUUGGGGUAAGGACCAGUUUGCAUGUGGUGCUUAUAAUAAAGCCCUAGGGUUUGGAAGUAAACAGUAAUGCUGGGCAAUAACAUGCAGUCUGAUCUACCCCAGGUUUUUUUUAAUGUAAUGAAUUAGGAAAAAAAGGUCUGAUAGCACUUAUAGCACUCUAACUUUGUCACACUUUAAAUAGCACAGCAGUAAGGUUGACUGGGUGGAAGGCUGAUAAAGAUAGCACACACACAUCAUGCCUUUUUGACAGUUUUCGUUACGCAAUGAUUCCCUCCUGAGAGUGUGCAUUAUUUUGCUCACUGUAGCAUUAAACACUUAAUUUUUUCUGUGAAUACUGUUA